AAAAAGCAAGAAACUAAGCAGUGGUCAAUUUAUAUAGCACACUCACGAAAACUUUCCAAAUGAUCGUUUGACGGCAUAGCAACUUCCGUUCAAUUAUUGGUAACAAGAAAACACUACACAGAGGAGAGUUAGAAUUGCAGGUAGCCAUGGCGGACAGAAGAGUAGAAGCCCAAGACAGAGCCCUUAAGAGGUUUCUUCUCAUAAUAAACUGUUUACUGCUAAGCAUAGGCACUUGCGGUGGCCCCCUCGUGAUGCGUCUCUACUUCCUCCGCGGCGGCCACCGCGUCUGGCUCUCCAGCUUCCUCGAAACCGUCGGCUUCCCCGUCAUGCUCAUCCCCCUCACCGUCUCCUACCUUCGCCGUCGCCGCCGUCUCUCCUCCGGAGAACCCCAAAAACCAAAGAUGAUCUCCAUGAAACUUCCUCUCUUCAUUGCCUCCGCCUUCGUGGGGAUCCUCACCGGCCUGGACGACUAUCUCUACGCCUACGGCGUGGCUCGGCUUCCAGUUUCCACUUCGGCUCUAAUAAUCGCGACUCAGCUCGGCUUCACGGCUUUUUUUGCUUUGCUCCUUGUGAGGCAGAAGUUCACGGCUUAUUCGGUGAACGCUGUCGUUUUGCUGACAGUUGGCGCGGGGGUUCUGGCUCUUCACGCGAGUGGUGACCGUCCUAAUGGAGAGUCCACUAAAGACUAUGUGUCGGGUUUCAUUACGACACUAAUGGCAGCUGCAUUAUACGGCUUCGUUUUACCCUUAAUCGAAUUGGUCUACAAAAAAACCAAACAACCCAUCACUUACUCUCUUGUCAUGGAGAUUCAGUUCGUUAUGAGCCUCUUUGCCACUCUGUUUUGCGGGGUUGGGAUGUUCAUCAACAACGACUUUAAGGCAAUUCCGAGAGAAGCGAGAAAUUUUAAGCAUGGGGAAGGAAAUUACUAUGUGGUGCUGGUGGCGAGUGCAAUAAUGUGGCAGGCUUUUUUCUUGGGAACAAUUGGGGUUAUAUUUUGUUCCUCGUCUUUGUUGUCGGGUAUUUUAAUCGCGGUGUUCCUACCCAUAACGGAAGUUUUGGCAGUUAUUUUCUACAAAGAGAAGUUCCAAGCAGAAAAAGGGGUUUCUCUGUUACUCUCGGUUUGGGGCUUUGUGUCUUACUUCUAUGGUGAGAUUAAACAAGCCAAAAAAAUGAAGAAGAUGAAUAGCAGCAGUGUGGAAACAGAGCUAUCUCAAUAUUCCUGAUCCAUGAUUAGUCUUUUAAUCACAGUGCAACUAGUGCAUGCUUUAGGUAUUUUAUUUUGUGUUUGAAUUUCGAUUGGUAGCUCAGCUCACGCCAAAUUGGCCAACUUUGCACCCUUCAACGUGCCUAUGCAUCCAUCCAAUUCCAAAGUCUACUUGUGCGACAGCAUUUUGUUCCGGU